AUGUACAAGGUAUUCGAGCGGAUUAUCCUGGAGCGACUCAUUAAACAUCGCGAAGAAACAGCACGCGACGAGCAAGCUGGCUUUUGUCCUGGCCGGUCUACGACUGACCAGGUGUUCGUCGUCAGGAGAGGAAUCGAAAUCUUGCAGCGGUAUUCGAAUCCAUUGCAAUUAGCAUUUAUGGACUUUGAAGCCGCUUUCGACUCUCCACAUCGAGACCGUCUUUUCAAUGCGCUCCGCGCCGAUGGAGUACCAGAAACUCGAACACCAGUCAGAUGUACAACACCGUUUGAAGUGGUAACUGGAGUAAGGCAAGGGGCAGUGGCAGAACCCUUCCUGAUCAAUUUCGCCAUCGACGACAUUAUGCGAAGAUCACUAGGUCAGUGUCCUGCCGAUAUCAUUUUAGCACCAUCAGGACGCCCCGUGACCGAUUUCGAGUACGCUGACGAUGUUGUUAUAUUCGCGAAAAGCAAUACGAAACUUCAGCAUGUUGUCAACCUUGUAUCGAAACUGACUGCAGCCUAUGGACUACGUCUACGCCCUGAUAAAUACAAGCAAAUGUGGAUCUCCUCGAAACCUCGAACGAGAAUCAGGGUGGACGGACAACUGAUAGAACUCGUCGAUGAGUUCUGUUAUUUGGGCUGUACGCUGAAGAACAACGGCAGCUACGAGAAAGAUAUCCAGCAAAGAUGCGCUAAGGCCGUUCUCAACUUCUUAACGAAAUGCUUGUGGUCGACCACCAUCAUCAACAAAGUCAAGUUACUUUUGGCCUAG